AUGUCUCGUGAAAUCGGAGAUCUGGAAAGUCUAUUACGAAUCAAUUUCGGCGAUGACUUGACCCUAGUGAAUUAUUCAGUCGAUAAUGUCGUGCCGUCGGGAGAAAACUUUCGCAGCUGCGUAUUGAGGCUCAGCGCCCAGGUUCAACGAACUAAGGACUCCCCCGGCGAGGAUCUCGAGUUCGUCGUGAAAACUGCGCCGACGACUGCCGUGCUGGAAAUCACUAAGGGUGUUGAUUGGAUUAGGCUGUUCCGAAAGGAAAUUUUCAUGUACACGAGCGUUAUUCCGUUCUACAGGAGAGUCGAGUUGGACAAUGAUUUUCCGGAGGACGACAGCAUCGAGGAGUGUUUUCCCAAGUUUUUCGGAUCCUGCGGGUCGUUGAGCGGUGACGCCGUUAUUUUACUGGAAAAUCUCAAGCUGCGAAAUUACUACGUCGUCGACAAAAGGAUCGGAAUGGACCUAGCGCACGCUUCCAAAGCGCUGAAAGCUCUAGCCAGAUUCCACGCGGUCGGCGUGGCCGCGAAAUUAAACUACCCCAUUCUAUUCGACUCGAUCAGAUCAACGUACCGCAAACCGGACUACGACUAUCGCGCAGUGGAUGCAGCGUGUGCCGGUUUCAUCGAGAUAAUCAGGAACGACCCCCGUCUCGACAGAUACACAUCCCGCGUGGAGAGGAUAGCUUCCUGGCGCAAGGGUGACUGGAAGAGCGAGCUGGUGACGCACGAUCUAUGGUCGAGCGUCGUCCACUUCGACUUCUGGACGAACAACGUGCUGUUUCAUAAGGACGACGAGGGAAGCAUCGAUGAUGCGAAGUUCAUCGACUUCCAGACCUACUGCUUCGCCGAUAUCUUCCUCGAUCUCGUCUACUUUAUCUUUACGAGUCUGGACGAUCACGUCAAGUCGAAUGAUCUCGACCGAGUACUCGACCUCUAUUACGUCAAUUUCAUCCUGACGCUCGAGAGGCUGAGCGUCGACGUCGGGGAGUACUCGAGGCGAAAGUUCGACGACGGACUCAAACAGGUGGCGGAGUACGAGUUCUUCCACUGCGCCUUGGUUCUGAACAUCGUCACGGCUGAUGUUGAUAGCGCGAGUCCCAUGAGCUUCGAAGCCGGUAUAAACGAUCUAUACUCCCGGAAAAUCGCUCAGCUCCUGCAGACCUACGAGGCGAGAAACUGGUUCACAACGUAG